AUGAGCGAUUCGAUACUCGAGACAGAGGCUCCAGUGCCGUCCGGAAAGGGCCCUCCUAAGAAGAGGAGGAGGGUUGUUGUGUCGUGUACCGAGUGUCAUAGGAGGAAGCAAAAGUGUGACCGAGAGCUUCCUUGCGCAAAUUGCCGCUCUAGAAACCGUGAAACAUUCUGCUCUUACGACCCGAGUGCCCGUACAUCCGAGAACGGGAACACCACCAUCAACAACAACAGCCUUAUCACCAAGAUAUCACCAUCCACCCAAGUGCCCCAAAUCUCGGCAUCUUCAACGCCCCCAAAAAUUACAGAACCGCUCUCUACCAUGGCCGCAACAUGGGGCUACGGCCAAACUGGAGCAUCGACCAUCUCCUUUCUCAAGAAAAUCGAAACGGCCCCUUCAUUCGACGACCAAUCUUCACUUUCUACGCUCUCACUAGCCUGCACCUCCCGCGAAGACUCCUUUGCUGUGCGCGAAAGAUACAAGGACCUCAUACGGCAUCUCCCUGCCAAGGUCUUCAUCGACAAGCUCGUGGCCAUGUGUAUGCGCGAAUUCAACUGGCAGUACUACUUUGUCGACCCGGACAUUUUCUUCGCCCAACUCCAGGAGUGGAAUAACCUCCCGUUUAGUAUAUUCUCCACCGAAGGACCGCGGGGCAUUCCUCCUGGCUUGAGGGUUUUCCCGGCCGUCUUGUUCCAAAUGAUUGCCGCGGCUUUACUGGUCCUUCCGGACGACGAGGAAGAGGAGUUUGUGACGUUGAAGUAUGCCGCCAACAUGACUUUUGAGGACUUGGCGUGUGAUUACAGUGCUAGCGGGGCGGAAAUUGUGGGAUUGUUUGGGAAGAAGGGGCUGAGUGUUACGACGGUUCAGGCCGAGUUUCUAAGAGCUUGCUUCUUGAAGUAUACUGCUAAUGUCACUGAGUCGUGGCACAUGAUUGGAAUUGCUAUCAGAGAUGCUCAAGAGUUGGGCAUGCACCGGGAUAGCCUCGAUCCUAAGCCCACAGAAACAAGUUUGGAGACCGUUAUUGAGAAUCAGUGGCUCAUCGAGAGACGGCGCAAGAUGUACAUGAUUCUCGCAAUGUGGGAUAUCAACAUGUCUUUAAUACUAGGCCGACCCGGUACCGUGGACUGGCGCCACAGCCUCCCAUCCCUCCCAAUCGACACUCCAGUGCCAUCCAACCGCUCGAAUACUCCUAUCGCCCCUCGGAAUCCGGAAAAGGACCCUCCUACUCCUUUGACUCGCUGUCUUUGGUUACACGAAAUAACUUUGCCCUUACGAGAUAUCCAGGACCUCGAACAUGAGGGUCCCUACCCCAGGGAUUUCUCCAAAAUCGACAGGGUUCACCAGAAAAUCAUGAGUCUCCAUGAAUCAACGCCCGCUAUAUUGAGGCUGAAAAAUCCUGACACGCGCUGGGAUAACGACCCCGAGGUGGAGGGGUGGAUAGGGGGGACACGAUACUACUUCCACUUCAUUCACAACUUCACUCUCAUGGCCUUGCAUCGACCAUACCUGUUCCAUAGGAAGGAGAGUAGGUUGGAGGCAUUGACAGCUGGUUUGGCCAUGCUGGAGAUGCAGAGAUCAAUGUUUGAGGGCCUACCUUCUACAUCCUGGAGAAAUUUUAUGCUCUUCUUUGGAACAUUCGACGCCAUCGUCCUCGUUGCCUCUGUAUACAUCCUCUUUCCACACGAACACCCAGAACACCGGCACCUAUCCGUUCAACAUAUCCACUGGGCCAUAGAGCGUUUUGCGACAAUGCAGCAUCGCAAUCCACUCGCCAAGGCCGCACAGGGUGUUCUCCGUGCCAUUUUGGGCAAAUUUACAAAGGCGCUUGCUCAUUCUGCCUCGCCUUCCAAAAGUUCCAUCACGCCAGCCUCCACGAGGGGACCUUCGGACAAUACGCCUGCCAGCGGGUCCGCGAGACUGGAUGCAAAUGCAAACCCAGCACCUGUCUGGCCAGCUAGUUCACUCCCAGGCGCAAGCAUGGCGAAGAGUGCAGUUGAGGGUGAAGAUGUGGGAAACGCCAGGCAAGACACACUGGGCGAGACGUGGCUGUCACCCAGCGAAUGGGCCUUUGCGCCAGAUGGUCUGUCGAAUAUCAUGCCGACGUUUGCUAUUUCAGACUUGAUAUACAAUGACCUUACCGCGGUGCAGGAUGGUGGCGGUAUGAUGGCGGCUGCGGAGAUGGCUCCCAGCGAAGGGGGGGCGUCGGAGUGGCAGUUUGGAGGGGACAUUGCCGAGGGUACGCUUUGGCAGGUGUUGAACAGGUUUCAGCCCAGAUGA